AGCUGCACCAAUCAGGCAGAUUUCGAACUAAAAAAAGGAAAAAUAGGAGCUAAGAGGAGAAGGAAGAACUGAUCAGGACAUGCAUGGUGUGGGAUGGAGAGAUAAUAGUACUUUUUUUGUUUUGUUAUAGAGAUAGUAUAAAAAUUAUGAAUUCGAACUUGUCAUCUUUUUUUUUUUUUUUUUUUCUACUUUCACUAAAGAAUGUCUUUCAGAAUGUUGGUUUUCAUAGUCUUUGAUUGGGAUGAAAUUGUAGUAGUUUUGUUUCAAUUUUGAC